GCGUGCACGAGCAGGUGAGCACCUCCUUUUCCCUUGUUGACAAUCAUGACAUUUCAACACGUACAUUUGUUUAUGUUUCUGUUGUGUCUCCUCCCCGUUCUGUCAUUGGCUAUUGUUUCACGUGUGUCUGAAUCGCCCUCAGCCGUCAGCCAUUACAACACUGAUUAUGUUUGUAUAUAUACCACGCGCCUCCCAGCACACGGCGCGGAAUAAUAGAAUAGAUAAGAUAUAUUACAGUAGAUUAGUUUAGAGUCCUUUCUAUAGUUAACCAUAGUCAUAGCCCUUGUCAUGUUUCAUGUUUAGACUCGAUUCGUUACCAUAGUUAAUCAUAGUCCUAGUUUAUGUCCUUGUUAGGUUCUUUGUUAAAGUUAGUUAGGUUAAACAUUAGAUUUAGUCAACGCUGGUUUCUCUGCUACCAGUCCCUCGCUUUUGUUUAUGUUUCAUGUUUGGUAUAUCGACCCUCUAUCCCGUGACCGCGACUUUGAUUCCUGCCUUGCCUCGUUUAUGCCUAUUUGCCGAUCGUCUGAACUUUGUAUGUUACUGGAUUACGUUUGUGGAUUACGUUUUGGAUUACUGUUUGGAUUUACCUGCCUGUGUUCUCUCAUUUAAUAAAACUGUUCCAACUGCAUUUGCAUCCGUCCCAUCUUCCUUACAUCACGAGAUGUGACAAUCUCGAUAUUUAUUAUGAAGAGGAUGGUGUCAAAAAAGCUUUCGAAUUCAGUGGUUGUAUGUUUCCCGGGCAUUAUUGUUGUUAUAAUCCUAACCAUUUACAUCCGUUAUCAAAAGUGCCCUACGGCUUGCUCAGGAGACAAUUUGAUGACAAAGUCAAAAUAUUAGAAAAAGCGUAUGGUCUGGAUGUUGAGGUAAUGUGGGAGUGUGAUUGGAAAAAUGCUAAACAGACCGAUGUCUCUGUAAUGGCUUUUAUGUCCACUUACACACAUCUUGAAAGACUGAAACCGCGCAAUGCUCUGUUUGGUGGUCAUAGUAACGCAUUCAAAUUGUCUGACAAAGCCGACAUUAGUGAAAAAAAUAUAUAUAUAUUUUUUACAAGAUUGUAGUCCCUUUGCCAGGCCAAAAAAUGUUACCCCAUAGGACAUCCCCAAAUAAUUUUCAAGGAUUUUGAGCGUCUUGAAAAUUAUUAUGGAUUUGUCAAAGCUACAGUGCUGCCACCACAAAAACUGCUUCACCCCGUCCUUCACUAUAGGACUGGUGGUAAGCUUAUGUUUCCACUCUGUCGUACAUGCGCAGAACGGCAGAAUCAGACAGACCCGUGUGGACAUACUGAUGAGGAAAGAGUAAUUUCGGGCUGUCGGGUCAGCAUCGAACUGUUGAAAGGUGUCAUUUAGUUGGCUGUCGUAAUCAGAAAAGAAAGAUCCAAGAGAUCAUGGAAGUCAAAGGAAUCAAGUCUAGCUUUACCUCCCAAGCCUACAUAACAGCUCUAAUUAAUCACACAUGGAACUGGCUAGGACAGGGGCUUGGGUGCCAAUAUUUAUGAUAGUAGUAAUUAACUGGCGUAUACAGGGCACCUCAUAACUCUGCAGACCCCACUCCCCCUCCAGCUGCAGACGUCUCUCCCCCUCCAAACUUUUUAUUCUCAGUCCAGAAGACAAGUGCUGUUAAUGAACUCGUAUUCAGUAUUUAAACAGAAGUGAUCUUGAUCUGCUGUUUCUGCUGUCAGUGAUGAGUGGAACAGGUCAUACCUGUCUCUCUAAAACUCCUCCCAUUAAGGAAGUACAGAGUCCGAGAUGACUGCAGUCCUUUUGCAGUGUUCUGCUCUGCUGAGUUUAGUUUUAUUCUCGGUUUAUAGAGAAUUCUGAGUCUCAUUUUCAGCUCUGUGAAAGGAAGUGAUUACUAACUGGACCUGCAAAGUCGUAUAUUAACUUUAUACAAACCUGAAAUCAGGGUGUGAUUACUUUUGAUCAAAGUGAAAGUGAAUCUGAACAUUCGGACUGGAGAGAACAACAACAGCAGCAAAAUAAAAUGGCUUCUAAAUUUUCAGAGGAGGAUUUCUCUUGUCCUGUGUGCUGUGAAAUCUUCACGGAUCCUGUUCUCCUGCGCUGCAGUGACAGUGUGUGUAAAGUGUGUUUGCAGAAGUUCUGGGAGACCAAAGGAUCCAGAGAAUGUCCUGUUUGUAGGAGGAAGUCGUCUAUGGAUCAUCCUCCCAUAAAUCUAGCCUUAAAGAACUUGUGUGAGACUUUCUUACAGGAGAGAAGUCAGAGAUCUUCAUCAGCGUCUGAAACAGUCUGCAGUCUGCACAGUGAGAAACUCAAACUCUUCUGUCUGGAUGAUCAACAGCCGGUGUGUGUGGUGUGUAAGACUUCAAAAAUACACACCAACCAUAAAUUCUCUCCCACUGAUGAGGCAUUAACAGACUGUAAGGAGGAGCUGAAAACUGCUCUGAAGCCCCUACAGGAGAAACUGAAGAUCUUUAAAGACUGUAAACUGAACUGGAGUCAGACUGCAGAACAUAUAAAGAUUCAGGCCCAACACACAGAGCGGCAGAUUAAGGAGGAGUUUGAGAAGCUUCACCAGAUUCUACGAGAUGAAGAGGCAGCCAGGAUAGCUGCACUGAGAGAGGAAGAGGAGCAGAAGAGUCAGAUGAUGAAGGAGAAGAUUGAGAAGCUGAGCAGAGACAUAUCAUCUCUUUCAGACACAAUCAGAGGCGUAGAAGAGGAGAUGAGAGCUGAAGACGUCUCGUUCUUACAAAACUACAAGGCCACAGUGAGAAGAGCUCAGUGCACACUGCAGCAUCCAGAGGAGCUUUCAGGACCACUGAUCCAUGUGGCAAAACAUCUGGACAACCUGAAGUUCAGAGUCUGGGAGAAGAUGCAGGACGCUGUCCAAUACACACCUGUAACUCUGGACCCCAACACUGCUCAUCCUAACCUCAUUGUAUCUGAUGAUCUGACCAGUGUGAGACUCAGUGAUGAGAAACAGAAGCUUCCUGAUAAUCCAGAGAGAUUUGAUGAUUGUUGGUGUAUCCUGGGCUCUGAGGUCUUUAACUCAGGGACACACUGCUGGGACGUUGAAGUAGGAGACUGUACACUGUGGUAUGUGGGUGUGAUGACAGAAUCUGCUCAGAGGAAGGGAUAUAUAUUCUCCAGAAGUGGAAUCUGGUGUGUGUGGUAUUUUGAUGGUAAAUAUAGAACAUGGUCUACACCACAGCCAGACACUCUCCUCUCAGUAACACAGAAGCUCCAGAGGAUCAGAGUGCAGCUGGACUGGAACAGAGGAAAGCUGUCGUUCUCUGACCCUCUCACUAACACACACAUACACACUUUCACACACACAUUUACUGAUAAAUUACUGCCAUUUAUAAGAGUUGCUUGUAAUAAAUCUCCUGUAAAGAUCCUCCCACUUCAGUGCUCUGUAAGAGUGAAUCAGAUCAGUUAGAGCUGUUAUUGUUUUAUUCCAAUUCAUUAAUGAAAUAUUGCUGAUGAAAAGAUUCAUGUUCUUUGUGAAAGUCUGUUUUUACUGAAGCUCUGAACACUUCAUUGUGGAAUUUAUUUUGAAGUGUGUAACGACACAAGACGGUUAACAGGAAGUAAGCGCAGGAGCAAUGUCUUUAUUAAUAAACCAAGCAAAUAAAACACAGGGAACGCGGUCUAUACUGAACUAGACUAGCUAGAUUACACAUGGACUAGAGUCUAGGCAUUACACCAAAACAGGACAUGGAAAUAAGACCGCUAGCAUGCUGCACGCAUUCGCUACUACAUUCAAACAUAUAGAUCUAAUACUGCGCGAAGUGAGCAGCAGCACAAGGGGUUUAAAUAACCAACAGAAUUAAACUAGAUCACCGACACCUGGAGUAAAUCAACCAAUUGUAGCCCAGGCUUAAUAAUGAGAAACACUAUUUAGCUGUCUAACCAAGUCACAAACAGGUUAACUUUGAUUCUCUUCUUAUCUUUGAUGGAUUUAUAAGUGAGCAAAUGGGUGAACUCUAUGAGGCAGUGAACUGACCAAUCAGUUGCCAGCUAGGCGCUGUUACAGUUACACCUCUAGGUUAAUGUCGGCACGUUCUUUUUGGCGCUUGCGUCUGAGCAUAGGAGGCUGCGUUAUCCAUUUGGUAAGACGAAAAACGACAUGGAGUGAAUUAAAGUUCUGUACUCAUUAUUGCAUAUACUGCCUAUACCUUGUUGUAAUAUGGAGAGUAAAAGAGAGCUGUGCUUGAAUCCUCUUGUCACGGAGCUGAAGGCAGUGAAUUCUGCUAAAGUGAGUUGUUUACCUGGCGCUAGGCCUCUGAGUUCGCUAGCAUUUAUUCUAAUUCGUGGAGAGAAAUUCAUAUAGUCUUGAUACUUCAGAAGAAACAUAAGAGCUGUUGUACAACGAGAGAUUUUGACAUUGCAUUAUAGGUGUACUGAAGUAUUAUCUCACUUUAUAGUAGCCUGUAGCAGUCCAUUUAUUCACUGAAUGGUAAUUGAGAGAAAUGAUCUGGCCUUAUUUAUAGGUCUGGUUUUGGUAAAGAGUUGGAAACAUCGUGCAGGGAUCCUUUCCACGGAGUGAUACAGAUCCCCACGUUCCAAGCGUUCUCCAAGAGAUUCAUAGAUUCCCAGUCUGGGUGGCGAGCCAACCGUGUUUGUGUGACUGACUUUAGACGGAUUGCCAGGAUCAUCUUCAUGGUGGUAGGACAAACACUAACACGAACUAAAGAGCCCAACGUUGGUGACUGAACUCUUGUCAACAAAGGCAAGUGAAGCUGAGGACGAACUGAGCUCAAGGGGAUUUAUUUACGUGCGCACUUUAUUUUAGUUUAUUUUUUUCCAUAACUGUUUUGUAUAUGUAUGUACCAGCCCAUGUGUGUUUAAUACAUCUUAUGCAAAUUGUCA